UGUCCUUGUGAGAGUUUUUCACUUUCGACUCUACCCAGUCAUACCCAGUAGCCUAUUUUGGAUUUGGUUUGGUUUUGUUAGGUAUUAUUAUUUUGUUUGUUUUGUGAAAUUGAGAGGUUACGUCACGCUUUGUACUGUACGUGUUCGUACACCCUGAGCUGAAAUUAUAAGUCAAAAACAGAAUUUUCCAAAAUAUGGAUUAUGCUUCUAUAUAAAGGUCACAAGAUUACCUAUUGAGUAGGAGUUCUCAGUGCUACAUCUUUCAUUGAUUAGGCCUAAAACAGGUCGAGAUGGUAAAAAGGAAUAAAACAUCAGAUUAUAUUGAUUUAAGAGUUAAUAUAAAACAAUAGAAGAAUAAAGAAAGACACGAGAAAAAGUAAACCCUCAAGUAUAUUGAUAAAUUCUAAUAUGCAUAGCAAAAUUUGAAAACAAGAAGAUUCAAUGUUGAAUGAGUGAUACGUUGAUGCGAUAAAACGAAUUAAAACAUCAGAUUAUAUUGAUUUAAAAAUUAAUAAAAUACAAAAGAAGAAUGAAGAAAGACAAGAGAAAAAAGUAACCCCUCAAGUAUAUUCUAAAAUUCUAAUAUGCAUAGCAAGAUUUGAUGACAAGAAGAUUCAAUGUUGAAUGAGAGAUACACAGCCUAUCAUUUAACUGAUGAACAUUUUACAAGUCCUAAAGAAAAGGUCGAGACGGUAAAAAGAAAUAAAACAUCAGAUUAUAUUGAUUUAAGAGUUAAUAUAAAACAAUAGAAGAAUAAAGAAAGACACGAGAAAAAGUAAACCCUCAAGUAUAUUGUGAAAUUCUAAUAUGCAUAGCAAAAUUUGAAAACAAGAAGAUUCAAUGUUGAAUGAGUGAUACGUACGUAGCCUAUCAUGUAACUGCUGUACACACAAGUCCUAAAAACAAAUUUACUACUUACAUUGAUACAAUUCUCUGUGAUUUGUUGAGAUUUCUGACAAGAUACUGCUUAUGAGAUAAGAUUCACCGUGAUAAAAUUGAAAAGUAGAAAAUGUUAACAUGCUUCAACCAUUUUGCUCACAAGUGUCCAAUAUGUGGACAAAGCUGUUCUACUCGAUCCGCAAUGAAGGUCCAUAUAAUGUAUCACACUGGAGAGCGUCCCUUUAAAUGUUUGACGUGUGAGAAAACAUUUUUACAACUAAACAAAGUUAAGAGUCAUUUGUUAAUACACUUUAAAAAGUGUACUAAAUUCUUUAAAUUUCAAAGCCAAAUAAAGGAGCGUACAAAAAUUCAAACGAGGGAGAGACCUUAUAAGUGCACUAUGUGUGAAAAAUCCUUUGCAAGAAAACAAGAUAUAAAGAGACAUUCAUUGGUUCAUACAGGAGAGAGACCUUAUAAGUGUGCUACAUGUGGAAAAUCCUUUAGAACAAUAGGCAAUAUGAAGACACAUGCAUUGGUUCAUACAGGAGAAAGAUCUUACGAGUGUGCUACAUGUGGAAAAUCCUUUAAAACAAUAGGCAAUAUGAAGACACAUUCAUUGGUUCAUACAGGAGAGAAACCUUACGAGUGUGCUACAUGUGGAAAAUCCUUUACACGAAUAGGCAAUAUGAAGACACAUACAUUGGUUCAUACAGGAGAGAGACCUUAUGAGUGUGCUACAUGUGGAAAAUCCUUUAACCAAAUAGGUAGUAUGAAGCUACAUACAUUGGUCCAUACAGGAGAGAGACCUUAUAAGUGCACUAAAUGUGAAAAGGCAUUUACUUCCAAAAGUGAUCUGAAGAAACAUACAUUUGUCCAUACAGCAGAGAGGCCGUAUAAGUGUAAAACAUGUGGAAAAUCCUACAAAUCAUUCGGCAGUUUGAAGCCACAUACAUUAGUCCAUACAGGAGAGAGACCUUACAUGUGUGCUACAUGUGGAAAAACCUUUACAACAAUAGGCAGUAUGAAGACACAUACAUUGGUCCAUACAGGGGAGAGACCUUACAUGUGUGCUACAUGUGGACAAUCCUUUACAACAAUAGGCAGUAUGAAGAAACAUACCUUGGUUCAUACAGGAGAGAGACCUUAUAAGUGCACUAAAUGUGAAAAGGCAUUUACUUCCAAAAGUGAUCUGAAGAAACAUACAUUUGUCCAUACAGCAGAGAGACCUUACAUGUGUGCUACAUGUGGAAAAACCUUUACAACAAUAGGCAGUAUGAAGACACAUUUAUUGGUUCAUUCAGGGGAGAGACCUUACUUGUGUGCUACAUGUGGAAAAACCUUUACAACAAUAAGCAAUAUGAAGACACAUACAUUGUUUCAUACAGGGGAGCGCCCUUAUAAGUGCACUAAAUGCGAAACAUCAUUUAUUGUCAAAAGUGAUCUGAAGAAACAUAUUGAAAGUGUUCAUAUAGGAGAGAGGUCCUAUAAGUGUGCUGCAUGUGGAAAAUCCUUUACAACUAAAAGCAGUAUGAAGAAACAUACAUUGAUUCAUACAGGUGAGAGACCUUACGAGUGUGCUACAUGUGGAAAAUCCUUUACAACAAUAGGCAAUAUGAAGACACAUACAUUGGUUCAUACAGGGGAGCUCCGUCAUAAGUGCACUAUAUGUGAAACAUCAUUUACUGUCAAAAUUGAUCUGAAGAAACAUAUUGCAAGUGUUCAUAACUAAAAGCAGUAUGAAGAAACAUAUAAUGGUUCACAGUAGAGAUACCUCAAAAGUGUACCACAUGUAAAAAAUUGUUUUGCAUUCAUAAGCGGUAUAAAAAAGGAUAUUAAAAAGGUUCAUGUGGAAAUUCUAUAUAAACUAAACUAAACAUGAAUUUAUUAAAGUUACAUGAGUGGAAAUGUAUUGAAAUUGGUUUUUAAGUACAAUAAAAUAAAAAACUCAAAUAAUCAAAGAGAAAAUAACAGUUUAUUUAAACACAACUUCCAACUGCUUUAGCUUAGUUUUUUUUUGUGGCAUAAUAUUUUUGCAAACUGCUCUUUUUUAAUUUAGUACUCAAAUAAUAUUGUUUGUAUUAAAUUGUGUGUUAUGUUGUUACAACCCAUGCACUUUUUCAUCUGGCACUUCCAACGAAAAGGUCCAACCAAAAAUCAAUAGGUUUUUAUGCAUAUUAUUAGUUGAUCAUUUUUGUUUUUCUUCAUCAUAGAUUGUGCGUCUUGUGUGUUUUUGGCAAUUUCCUAUUAAAUGUUUAGCUAUCUUCUCUAUUUAAGAACGAAUCAUUUUUAAGUUCCCUUCAUCAUUUUGUUAUUUCCAAUUGUGUUAAAAGCUGUAAAUUUUGAACUAGCCUCUAAGUCGCUAGGCAAUAGGCAUAUCUUCAUUAAUAUAUACAAACAUAAGAAAUAUGAUAAAUACUAAGUAAAUUACCUUCCUGAGAAGAAUGGGGUGGUACAGGGAAAAGCAAUAUUAGCUACAAUUAUGAUUGCAUUUAACAAAAAUAUUUCCUUUAAAAUGUGAGAUACAUUCUUUAUAAAUAAAAAUCCCAAAGUACCCUUGAAAUUUUGAGAAAACUAAAAGUCACACCCCCAUAAUCUAUGCAGUAGACUUAAAAUGUUCGUCAUAAUAAGAAGCCUUGCUCAAAACUAAAGUGGUAGCAAAACGGGAGUGCCGAUGGAGACCUGUGGGGGUGCGUGCGUUUAAAGGGACUUGACCUGGUCUCCAUCGGCACUCCCGUUUUGCUACCACUAUAUCCAUCAUUUAAUAAAUUGUCCUUUAAGGUUGUAAUUCUUUUCUAAAGAGAACUGUCCUUAUACCUUAUGUUUAAAAUACCUCAGUUGUACUUAUAGUAUUUGUUUGUUAUUGUUUUAAUUUAUUACCUUAAUAUUACCAUUUGUUUAUAUUGCUGUAUUCUGUUUUGUUUACUUCAGCCUAACUUAACCAAUCAAUAGUUUUCAAUAACAAAAUUUUUAAUGAUUACUUAGAUUUGCUCUUGCGGGUAAGGUAUUUACGUAUACUUUAGUGAAAUGUUAACCCUUCCAGGGCUAUGGACGGAUAUAUCCGUCAAUCUUUGUUUACUUUUCGGGCUGAAAACGGAUAUAUCCGUCCCGAGAAAUUUCUUUUCUGGGAUAAAGACGGAUAUAUCCGUCCAAAAAGCGAAUUGAUACACAAUGUUUAUAAUACGGUAAUAAACAUUACACUGCAUUAUA